AUGAAGCUGCACAGUACCUCCGCCCUGCUUCUAUUGGAUAUUGGUGGCCGAAGUCAGACUGGAAGUCUGUCAGCCUGCAAGAAACGUAUCCGAGAAUCCACGCUCAACUUCUUCCUUCCCAACUCUACAUUGCGUGCCAUGGCUCCAAAACCCGCAUCCAUUCCCCAGGAGGAGUGGGAACGCCACAAACAAACCAUCGCCAGGCUCUAUCGCACAAGCACACUCAGAAGUGUAAUUUCAGAAAUGCAAAGGGAACAUGGCUUCCAGGCCACCCCAUGGCAAUUCGAAAAACAGCUCAAACUAUGGAAUAUCCGCAAGAACACGACCCGAAAGGAAUGGGAAAACUUCUUUGAUCCAUCUCAAACUCCUCAGAACAGCAUUGUUCAGCCAUCAGUGACGCCUGCAGGUCAUAGCAAAUCCAUGGCCUCGAUUCAACGGUCUCAACGAUACCUUCGACAACUUCGAAAGCAGGAUAAACUGCAUGUGGGUUCAAGUCAACGACCAACGCUGCAUAGCAACACCAACACCAUCCAGCAAAAGUGCGAUGACGGAACAAACACCAAUCUUGAAACGGGACUGGCAGAACUAAGUACUAUCAUAUCUGCCAGCAGUGUGGACGUUUCUCGCGAGCCUGAUUCAAUGAGUGUAUCGCCUUACAUAAUCGACACAUGGGAGCCUAGUCAGAAUGAUCACCUGGGACCUGACAUGGACUGGGUCGGCCAAUUCAGCCUCAACAUGUCUACGCCUAGAUUGGCCCCGUCGCCGAUAUACGGACCCUCCCUUGCAAUGGAUUCCGCCUUCAUGCAAAGACAAAUCCUGACGCCCGAAAACGCACCAUUUGCCAGGAGCCCGAAGUACUACCAUGGAAUGCAAGUGAACUGGGGCUCGCACUUUCUAGAGUUCGAGAAGUUUUUGCUAUCAAAAGGAGUCAACUUCGGCCCCUCUGCGAAUGCUAUUUUGACUAGGGCUACAGAGUCCACCCGUAGUGGCGCUACAGUGGACCUUUUCACGAACUUCGUUACCUCACGGCUCGAAAGGGGGACUCUGCAAGCUUCGAAGCUUUCAGAUACCCAACAGUCAUUCUUGAGAGUCAUAAGUCUCUUGCCAGGCCAGGGCACGGCGCCUGGUCUAGUCCAUCAAUAUUCCCGAACUCAGCUCAUCCGGGCCCUGCUUUUCUCGUUCUUGAAUGGGUUUGCCGGUCUUGGAGAAUUACGCGGCGAAAAUAUCAUCGAGCUGCUGGGACAGCUGGGGGCAUUGACUCCAUCAUUGUUGAAGGUCCUCAAAGAGGGGCCACCACAUACCACGAAGAUAUUUCUCGACAGCAUGUUGAUCGCAGCAAUCAACACCAAGAACCGGCAUCUUUUGGAGCAAUUGCUUGAAAGCCCAAGGGUAAACGUCAAUGGUAUUGUUAUUGAUUUGGAAGGGGAAUCGUUGACACCAAUCGAGCGAGCUGCGGUGUAUGCAGAUCUCGAUAUCAUCCGGCUCUUGGUGGAGGCUGGGGCGGAUGUGAAUGCAACCCACCGCAACUACAACCAUGGAGGCGGCGCAUUAAUGAGGUUGCUAAAAGCUCAACAAAAAGACCAAGCUGGUGCGCACCAUGCAGGGUCAGUGCCUAUGCAUACGCUCUUCAAGGUUGUGGAAAUCCUACGAGUGGCUGGUGCUAAGAUAUGGCCAGUGCACGUGAAAGUUGCCUCGCAACUUUGUGACAAUGCAGUUGCCAAUUACAUCGCACUGAAUGUCACAGCUGCCGAGCAUGGAUUGUUCUUCGGUGACCGCCAUAUGAAGCACCUAGAGACUCUUGUUGAGGUUCUGGGAGAGCACCACGGGUUACUUGCCAUUCAACAUCUCAUAACAACUUGCGAAAGAAGCAAUUGCAAUACCUGUCGCUUCGCACGCGGCAAAUGGACAUUUCAACGACUGGCAAGGUUUGCGGCCCGCCGGGGUUACGCAGACUUGCUGCAAUUUCUGUCUGGCUUUAUCGCUCUGUCAGCAGAUACUCUGUGCGCGGCUAUCAAAUCUGGCUCGAGACGCACCAUAGAUCUGGUGCUCUCACAGAAUCCGACGCUCGAUUCAAGAGCUCGGUACACAGAGCAGUAUCCUAUCACUCCACUCUCAUGUGCUGUGAGAGCCGGCAAUAUUGACCUGAUCGAUUUGUUGCACAAGGCUGGCGCUCUGGGACGGCUUGAGGAAGGUCUUCGGUUCGGAGCCUUGAUCAGGGCGGCUGCGAAAUGGGGAGACUACGGAUAUCUGAGCAUGCUUCUGGACCGACUUGACGACUGGUUCAACCUUGAUGGAGUUCCUAUUGAAGUGGCACUUGCUGCUGCGAGAAGUGGUCACAAGUCUAUUGCACGACUUCUUUUGCAAUACUCGCCGUCCAGAAGGUCUUACAGGAGUGAUGGCGACCGCAGUGUUGAGAACGUUUCCAUGCUCUAUUUUGCACUGCAGCACCAGGAUAUCGAACUGGUCGAAUUUAUGGUGCAUGACACGAUUGAGCUGGUUGGAAAACAUCACCUCAACGCAGCCUUUGAAUGGGGCGAUUACUCAGUGAUCUCGAGCCUCUUUCGCCUUGCUUAUGGUGACCAGUACUACAGAAGCUUCACAUGCGGAUCGGAGCAAGCUUGGGAAUCUCUUUCCAUCAGUUGCAUGGAGGAUCAAGACAUAGCGACCUUCCACAAGAUUGUCAACUCUUCACUGGAACGGCCUCCAUCUCUGGUCGGUUGUUUUAUUAAAGCAGUCCAGGCGGGUCAUUACGAUAUGGUCAACUAUCUGCUUGAUAUUGGUGAAAGUCCCUAUGAAAGCGAUAUUCUGGCAGCCAUCAUUCAAUAUCAUCCGAGUAUGCUGGAGUUGGUCGCUGACAAGCAGAGGAAACGACAAUACCUUAGACAGUGUAUUGGAGCUCGAGUCAUCCAAGAUGUCAUGGCCGCGACAGGAAAUGACCCUAGCGCACAGAGCCGCGCACUCAAUACCCUACUAGGGACUGGGGUUGUGAACUUGGUAGUUCCUGAGACGAUACCGGUAGGGUCGAAUUUCAUGUGUCUCACACCACUCGGAUUAGCGAUUGUUCGACUAUCACAAAAGGUCGAUGGCAGCCUGUGGAUGGUGGAAGCACUUCUCAGCGCGGGAGCUGACCCGAAUUCUUUUGCAUAUCAAGAGUCUUCGCCUUUUCAGCCACCUAAGCAAUUCACCGGGCUUUUGCUAGGCAUUCAGGCUGGCGAGAAGGCCCUUGUCCAAGCGUUGCUCGACCGGGGGGCGAAUGUCAACCAAGAGCCACACCUUAGCAUCUCAAAAGCGCCGCUACAAUAUGCAGCUGAGUUGGGAGACAUUGAGAUGGUUCGCCUUUUACUUCGAAGGGGCGCAGAUGCUAAUGGACGCCCUGCGGCGAGGGGAGGUGGUACGGCACUGCAGUUCGCCUGUGUCGCAGGAAAUUGCAACAUAGCUGCCAUGCUAUUGGAAGACGGGGCGGACUUGGGGGCGCGACCCUCGCAAAUCCAUGGACGGUGGCCGCUGGAAGCAGCGGCUGAGCACGGCCGUCUGGAGAUGAUACAACUUCUAUGGGAUGCAAAGGAACAGACUAUUGGAGAGGUGGAAGGAUUUCAACGGCGGCAAUGUCUAAAGGCCAUGGCUUUCGCCCAUCAAAGCGGCCACAUGGCUUGCAGGGAUCUCGUAUCGGAGUUAUCAGGCAUACCCAUUGAGGCUCUCGACAGUGAACGUGUUGGCGCCCAGUGGCUGGCUUUCAUCGACCUGGAAAGAGAGGCUUUUGAACAAGCCUGGCCAUCUGCCGUAGGGGAACUUCGGUUCAAACCCCACAGGACCGGAAUCCUCAGCGGAAGAAGACCGCAGAGUUGGUGGUCUGGAAUUGACCGUCAUAAUUGGGACAAAUAUUUCUCUGGUAGGGAUGACGAUUCAUCCAGUGAGGAUGAAGAUUCCUUCAGUGAGGACGAGGAUUUUUUCAGGGACGACCAUGAGUUCUCUAGUGAUGUCGACGACUAUGGUGGAUCUUCAGACUGA